AUGAUUUUGGAGCUAGUUCUAGUGUUCCCUGUUGUGAUCUUCACAAUCAUCUCGAUCCUAAAGUAAGCGCCAACCAAUUUUCCCCCAAAAAUUCUUCACUUUCAGCCGAUACGCGACAAGUUUAAGCACACAAUUACGAAUCGAAAAAGGAAAACACGAUCAUCGAAGUCCUCCUUCACCAGCACCAUCAUCAAUCUCAAAUCUUCAAAAUUCCCAUAUGAUUGGUAAGUAUCUUCUUCUUUUCUCGUUCUUUGCUGACCACAAAAAAUAAAGUUUAAUAUUAAAUCUAUGGGAGUGUUGGCCCAACAGAUAUUUUCAUUCUUCUCAUUUUCUUUCUCUUUCUUUUUUAUUGACAAAUUGUUUAUCACCUCUUCCCCAAGUUUUAUAUCAAUUAAAUGAGUAGAAAAAACUCAUGACUUUCUAUUUUCAGAGAGUCUGAUGUCACCUCGAAUGGGAAAUCGAAGAUUCGCCUCAGCGAUUCGAUGUGGUCUACCAAAUGAUUCAUCACCAUCUUCCACUGAAGUCUGGUUACCUCGACCGACUCUAGUCAAUCACAAUCCAGCACAUUCGAGUUCGCUGCCAAGAUUGGAUCGAAAAUUGCAGGAAAGGAAAUCGGAAGAAUCUUCACAUAACAAUCACAAACAAAAUGGAAUGACACCGUCGAUGAAGAAUUUGACAGAACAAGAGAGAAAAAGACAGUAUCGAAUUGCGUUGAAUUUUUUCAACAAGUGAGCAUUUUUUAGAAGAAGAAAAAAUAUUUAUGAUUUGAAACUUUGCCUAAAAAUAGUUUUUGGAAUAUUUUCUGAAAACAAAAUUUCAAAAAAAAAAAAUAGUUUCGAAAUUAUAACCAAUAUUCAAUUUUUUUUUCCAGAAAACCAGAACGUGGUGUUCAACUUCUGACAGCUUGGGGUUUUGUCAAAAGUUCUCCAGACAGUCUUGCGAGUUUAUUAUUCGGAAGACGUGGAUUAUCGAAAUCAAUGGUUGGCGAAUAUAUCGGAACUCUUCAUUCAGCCUAUCAUAAUCUUGUUCUCAAAUAUUUCAUUGCAAUGAUAGAUGUCCGAGGAUUAGAAAUCGAUGUUGCACUUCGAAAAUCAAUGCAAUUUUUCAUUCUUCCAAAAGAAGCCGAAAAAAUCGACAAAAUCAUUCAAGCCUUUGCAAUUCAUUAUGCAAAAUCGAAUCCCAAACGAACAUCACAUUUUCGCGGCGGCUGGGAUACAAUUCAUCUAUUAUCAUUUGCAAUUAUUAUGCUCAAUACGGAUUUGCAUUCACCGAAUGUGAAAACGAGAAUGACAAUGAAUGAUUUUGUAAAGAAUUUGAGAGGACAGGAUAAAAUUGGAGGCGAAAAAGAGGGAAAAGAUAUUGAACGACAUAUUUUGGAAGGAAUUUAUGAGCGAAUGAAAAGGGAUGAAUUGAAGGCUGGAGAUGAUCAUGUUGCACAAGUUCAAAGAGUUGAUCGAGCUAUUGUUGGAAAAGAUAAACCUGUAGGUUUUCUGGGGAAUUAAAGAAAUUUUAAAAAUUCAAAAAAGGGAAACAUAUUUCAAAUUUUUUAGCGUCUCACCGAAACUCCUCGCCGUCUUGUUUGUUACUGCCGCCUUCAACAAAUCGCCGAUCCCUCCAAACGACAAUCCACAUCAUCUCGCGAACGCGACGUCUUCCUCUUCAAUGAUAUGAUCGUUGUCGCAAAAGGAAUUCGACGAAACUCAUCAGCAAUCUCCGGAUGUACAUACACAUUAAAACAAUGGUCAUUUUUAUUGGGUGCAAGUGUUCAAGAAUUCCAACGAGGUCAAUACGAAUUCGGAAUCACGAUAACAACGCCAAGCAACGAGAAGAUACAUUUCAACGCGCGAAAUUUCGAUGAUCGAUGUCAUUUUGUGGCUGAUAUUUCGGAGUCAAUUCGAGAAGCGACAGAAAUGGAACAAGUUCGAUUGGAAUUGGAAAUGGAACAACACACAUUAAGGAAUGAAAGUCAACGAGAUAGUGGAUUACCAGAAAUGGAUGACUCACUUAAAAAUGGAUCAUCUUCUUCAUCAGCAAAUAGUAGUGGAGGAGGAGGAGCAAGAAGACUUUCAUUCAAUUCAUUGGAUAGUGGUGUUGUUGAAGAACAUUGUAUACUUGACAAUAUGCUUCCCCCUUGA